AUGUCGGCCUACGAUAUAGAAUGCCUCCUUCCGGUCCAGGGAGGAAAAGACCGACAAGAGCUCGAAAGCAUUGCCUCAAGCACCCUCCAAGAUUGCUGGAAGACCUCGGAUCGGCGGCCCCUGUUAGUACAUUCAAUCAAGGUAUCAUGGGCCAUUCUCCUUGAGAAGUACACCGGGAAGCAAACCUCGGUUUUUGGAAGCAUUGAGGAGUCCCGUGGUGUGCCUACACGCUUAGUCUCACAAGUCGAGCAAUGGUCUGUUUUACCAGACAACGAUGAGCUCUUGAUAAAACAAGCGCAACAGCUGUCUGUGCAUCCCUGGUGUAAAUCAAGUGAUACCGAAUUCCUCUUCAAUACUUGCCUCUGGGUUCGAACUCAUGAUGGACUCUCUGGAAACGAAAUCGCAGCACGCGGGAGUAAGGAGAGACCCAGCUCGGAUUGUGCGCUGUCCAUCAUGUGUGAACACAAUACAAGUACAAAUUCCUUAACUUGCUCAAUGCUACAUUUGUCCACUCCAUUUUCAGUAGCAGUUUUGGACUCUUUCAUGGAGAUAUUUAUGGCUGUCAUUGCGGAUCAAGGGACACGGUACAGACAAAUGUCUCUCCUUGGGCCCCAAUCCAUCGACAUGAUUCGCAAAUGGAAUGCACCGGGUCUACAGACCAAAGGCGCAUUUUGUAUCCAUACAUUAGUGUUAGAGCAAUGCCUAAGGCAGCCGCUCGCUCCAGCUGUCUGCGCGUGGGACGGCUCAAUUACCUACUGUGACUUGGAGCGCUUAUCAGAAACAGUGGCACAGAAACUUGUAGCCCUACACAUAGGCCCAGGUUCUGUUGUACCCAUCUGCUUUGAAAAGUCAUUAUGGGCCGCUGUAGCUAUUCUGGCGGUACUGAGGGCUGGUGCGGCGUUCACACUCCUGGACCCGUCGUAUCCGCUGGCACGCCUGCAAUUGAUAUGUGAAGAGGUCAAGCCGCAAAUAAUCCUGACAUCCUGUGAGAAGCUUCCAUUAAGCCAGCAGCUACACAAAACAGUCAUGAUACUCCCAAACGCAGCAGAGCGCUCUCUUACUCCUGGAGACAUUGGUCUACUUGCCAUACCAGAGAACGCUGCCUACGUGGCAUUCACUUCCGGCUCGACUGGAAAGCCAAAAGGCGUGGUAAUUGAACAUAGAUCCUUCUGCGCCAGUGCGCGUGCGAAUAGUAUCAUCCAGAAUUUGCAGGCUACGUCCCGUGUACUACAGUUCGCCUCUUAUGGCUUUGACAUCAGUAUCCAGGAGAUACUGUCGACUUUGAUUGCUGGUGGGUGCGUGUGCAUUCCGUCGGAGGAACAAAGACUGCAGAGUCUGCCGGCCGCUAUACGGGAGUUGCAGGUGAACUGGAUGGAGCUGACCCCUACCGUGGCUCGAAUGUUGCACCCUGAUGAGCUGCCUCUUGUCCAGACAGUAGUACUCGGUGGAGAGCCAAUGCAGCCUUCGGACAUGGCCACAUGGUGCCACGGAAAACAGCUCAUGAACGCGUAUGGGCCCACGGAAUGUAGCAUUGUGGCCACUGUGCAACCCAAUCCUGAUGUGGAAGACCCUUUGGAUAUCGGCCGUUCCUACUGCGGCACAUGCUGGGUUGUCAACCCGGAUGAUCACCACCAGCUAUUGCCGCUCGGCGCCAUUGGAGAGCUGGUCAUUGGGGGUCCGAUUGUUGGCCGAGGCUACAUCAAUCGUCCGGCUGACGAAAGCUUCAUCACCAGUCCACAGUGGGCGAGUCAAUUCCAGAUCACCUCCAAAGAAAGCUUCUAUAAGACAGGGGACCUGGUUCGGUAUAACGUGAACAAUGGCACGCUCCGGUAUUGUGGGCGGAAGGACACCCAAGUCAAAAUCCAUGGGCAGCGUGUUGAACUGCAUGAGAUUGAGCACUGCGCUGAAGCAUAUAGCCGAGGGACGGUAGUUGUGGCGGAGAUAUUGAAGCCUGAUCAAGGCCCAACAUUUCUUGCGCUAUUCAUUGUUGGAAAUGGUGAGGGAGGUCUUGUGCCGCCGGUAAGUCCUGGAGACGGGGUCGCAAGCACCAUUGACACAGGCCGUCGAGCCUCUUUUGCCCUACUACAUCAAUGGCUUACCGACAAACUACCGCGGUUUAUGGUUCCUUCCCUGUACAUUCCCUUAACACAUGUGCCAAUUCUUCCUACGGGCAAGGUGAAUCGCAGAGCUCUCCGGAAUAUCACAACAGAGAUUGCCAUCCAAGAUUUGCGAUCUUAUGUCCCUACUGUCUCCGGGGAUUGGAAUGAGAUGACAGGUAUGGAGCGCGUAUUACACCGCUUGAUGGCAGAUCAGCUCGGUGUUCCCCCUGAUAGGGUGGGCCGUAGCGACAAUUUCUUCAAGCUUGGUGGGAAUUCAAUCAUGGCAAUCGACUUAGUUAACAAACUUCGAGAGCACGGAUGGGAUCUUACGGUUGCCGAUUUUUUCACCCAGCAAACGAUUACAGGCCUCGCCAAGGUAGCCCUCCGUGUUAAGCCAAUACUGUCUAUACCUGCAUUUAGCCUGGUGGAAAAUGGACAUGUCUAUUUGAGAAUGGCUGCUGAGCAAUGCCGCGUAUGUCAAGAGCGUAUUCAGGACAUGUACCCAUGUACGCCGCUGCAGGAGGGAUUAAUGCUCCUAUCGUCUGAGCUAGGAUACCACUUCGCUGGGACAUUUGCUUUCCAGCUUCCGUCUUAUGUAAAUUUGGACCUGUUCCAGAAGAACUGGGAACAGAUUGUGUCUACAAGGCCCAUCCUGCGAACUCGGAUCGUGCGCAUCGGCGAUAACGAAACAUACCAAGUGGUGAUACGAGACAGGCCCCAUUGGAAUGUCGGGACAUCACUAAAUGAUGUAUCAAAUAGGGUCAACAACUAUACUUUGUGCUUUGGCGAGCCGCUGAUUCGGUACGGGCUUGUUAAUCAGGGCCCCGGUGGUAGGGGCCCGCUCUUUGUGAUCCGGAUGCAUCAUGCGGUCUUUGAUGGAUGGUCCUACAGGAGCCUACUAGACGACAUCGAACGAUUGUACGACGGCCAGCCCUUGACACAAAGGGAAUCAAUGAAUCGCCUGCUGCACCAUACUCGUCGUCUAGACCUAAAAGCUGCCAGCGCUUUUUGGAGAACGGCAUUCAAUGGAUUACAAGGGCCGAUCUUCCCGGCACCUCCACCGGGCUGGGUAAGGCCCAUCUUGCCUGCUGUCAAGAGACAUCAAGUAUCUUUGGCCACCACAUCUAGAGGCGAGUAUACGAUGGCCUCUGUCGUUCAGCUCGCAUGGGCGAUCGUUGUCAGUAGUCGGACGGGCUCUGAUGAUGUCGUUUUUGGUACGACCGUGUCCGGGCGUAAUGCUCCUGUCCCCGGGAUUGACCACUUGAUGGGUCCAGCAAUUGCGACCUUUCCGAUCCGGAUCGCCCUUGACAUGGAUUCUUCCAUAGAUAACAUGCUCAAAAAGACCCAGAGCUGGGUAACCAGCACGAUUCCCUUUGAGCAGACAGGCCUCAUCCGCAUCGGACGUACAAGUUCCACAGCCACACUCGCUUGUCAAUUCCAGACGCUUCUAGUAAUCCAGCCACGGCCACUGCGUAGACAGUCAAAACUGCUUAUUGACUUGCCGCAGAACCACGACCAGCAGCGCGAGUUUCAAGCCCAUAUACUGACCAUUGUGGUAGAGCUCCAAGAAGAAGGCAUGCACAUAGAGGUUAUAUUCGAUGAAUCAGUGUUACAUACCGAGGAGGUCGACCAUAUGCUGGAGCAACUUGAGGAUGUCAUCCGCCAGAUUCUAGACCGACCAAGUGCUAGCCUCCGUACCGUCCGGUAUUAUACGCAAAGUGAUCGGGAGCAGAUCCGAGAAUGGAACAAGGAAAAGAUAUUUAAGCCUUCCGUGGUACAUGAAGUCAUUGAGAAAUGGCUUGUCUCCCAGCCGAAUGCACUAGCUAUCUCAGCCUGGGACGGUUCCUUUACAUACCAUCAAUUAUUCGAGCACGCGCGUAUUUGGGCAGGAUAUCUCCAGGCACAUGGGGCACUCCAGGGGACCGUCGUUGCCAUCUGCAUGGAAAGGUCAAAGUUGCAGAUUGUUGCGAUGAUUGGAGUGCUGCUAGCAGGCUCGGCUUUCAUGAUGCUCGAGCCUGAGUUUCCCUGUGAGCGCCUGCGCGAGAUGUGCCACACCGCAAACACUACAAUGAUAAUCUCAUCCCCUGCAAAGUCUGGUCAAACCAAAAUGUUGGGCGUGGAUAGCGUCAUCACUCUCACGGAAGAUCUGCUGCUUACCUGUAGGAAGCAAUAUUCUUGGGUACCGCCGCGCAGCAAUUUGCACACCCCAAUGUACGUGGCCUUCACUUCAGGCUCGACAGGCUCUCCGAAGGGGAUAACUAUUGAGCACGCUAUGUGUCACGUUUCGGCGCAAGCGUACCAAAAUGCCCUCGGCCUAGGCAAUAAAAGCCGGGUAUUGUAUAAUACGUCUGUAGCUUUCGACCUUCUCAUAAUCGAAACUAUGUGGACCUUGUUAGCGGGGGGUUGUAUAUGUAUUCCGUCGGAAACUGUUCGCCUAUGUGAUCUCCUUGGAGCAAUGAAAGAUCUACAGCCUAACUGCGUCUUUUUAACCCCUCCGGUGGCGCGGAUGCUAUCUCCAGCGGAUAUGCCGUCCCUGGAUACGAUGGUCUUAGUUGGAGAAGCUGUAUCUACAUCUGACAUUGAUAAGUGGGCCCAUGAAGUGCCUCUGAAGGUUGGCUAUGGCCCAGCUGAAUGCUCGGUAUUAAGCUCGGCGCGCGAGCUGCUGCCCUCCAAUCGGGAUGAGCCUAGCAAUAUUGGACGAUGCUUGAACGGUCGCUCAUGGAUUGUUGAUCCAAAUAACUAUCAUCGGCUGCUGCCAAUCGGUGCAGUGGGGGAGUUACUUCUGUCCGGGCUGAUGGUUGCUCGAGGUUAUAUCAACAACUCGCGGCUAUCACAGACAUCGUUUGUCCGCCGUCCUACUUGGGCUUCAGAGUUUGAUAUACCAAUGGAGGAAAGGUUUUAUAAAACCGGUGACUUGGUCCGCUACACAUCAGACGGCACGAUGCAAUACCUGGGUCGUAGGGACACGCAGGUGAAGCUGCACGGUCAGCGUAUUGAAUUAGAGGAGAUAGAGCAGAGGGCCGAACUAUUUUGCACGAACAUGGCAACAGUAGCCAGCCUGGUUGAGUUUCAAGCGACAAGCAGGUUGAAGCUGGUCCUGUUCCUGGCACCCAAAACAGUGGGCAAGAAACAAUCAGGACUUUUCGGCGUGAUGAGCAACGAAAUCCAAUUGUUGGCCAAGGAUCUCAAAGCCCAUCUCCGCACAGUCCUUGCACCAUAUAUGGUUCCGUCACUAGUGAUACCGCUUACCUGGCUUCCGUUGACGACAUCUGGCAAGACCGAUCGGAAGUUGCUGCAACAAACGGCCUCCAAACUAAGUGCAGAGCUUCUUGCAUCUUAUUCAAACACAUCAAGCACCAAGCGGGAGCCGUAUACCGAGAUUCAACUUACUCUGCGCCAAAUCUUCGCAGAUGCACUCGCGAUCCAAGUGGACGGCAUUGGAAUUGACCAAAGUUUCUUUGACACAGGCGGCGAUUCCCUUUCCGCAAUGCGGGUCCUAGCAUUGUCCCGUAAACAUGGUCUGGCCAUUACAAUGGCGGAUCUUCUCGAACGAAAGUCCAUUUCCUUGCUGUCUGAAAGGCUAGAAUCAGUCAGGCCGAUGCAAGGCUCACUCAUUUCACAAGGAACGAAGUUGAGCAGUGAGAACAGAUGCGAUACCAGACACUGCGUGCUAGGCAAGAUGAAAGACGUUCAAUCACAACUGUGGUGCCUGCCCUCACAGUCCAUUCAGGACGCUUUUGAGUGUCCAGCUCAGCAUCUCGGAAUCAUUGCUGAUCAGCCUUUGAGAGCCUGCACGCAUAAACAGCGAUCUAUCUGGGAGAUCCGGUCCCCGAGUGCUCUCAAAUCUGCCGACGUGGCCUACGCUCUAAAACAGGUCAUCAGUCGCCACUCUAUGCUGCGUAGUAUUCUUUUACCUUCAACUGAUGACCCUACGAAGGUAAUUCAGGUGGUGUUGAAAGAGGCUCACAGGGCUGUCCAAAUUGUCAAAGCCCCAGGUAUCAAAACAGCGGCGCAGGUGCGUGAAUUCAGACCCGUGCAGUGUCGGGACGGGUCUAUGCCUCACCAUUCUACCUUGGUUGAGGGCCCUGAUAGGCAGGUCUGGUGGCUCUUCGAGUUUGACAAGGCAUUUGUUGACGCAGCAUCCAUGACAAUCUUGCUGGAAGAACUAGCUGCACUAUGUGACAACCGUCACUGCCAGCUGGAGCCAGCUCCUUGCUAUUCCCAAUAUGCUUCCUUUGUCCACACCUUACGACAGGAAGAAAGCAUUCUAUUCUGGGAGCAGACCCUCCGAGGCAUAGCUCCUUGUCUAAUACCGAAAUCAGAAAACAUCACACUACGCUCCACUCCCACCGCACCUCGGGUACACACGGUAAUCAAGCAAAUCAACGGUCCUGACAUGCUGCAGGCUCUCUCAAACUCCCUAGGGCUAACAGCAACCAACAUCUUUCAGACAAUAUGGGGAUUAGUUCUUGCUCGCUCAACAGGGUCUACAGAUGUCUGUUUUGGUGCUCUUAAGUCCUGUCGAGAUGCAUCUGUCCCCGGGAUCCUUCAAAUGGUCGGUCCUCUGUUCAAUAUCCUUCCCUGUCGCCUGCAGUUCAAGUCGGUUCGUCCAACUGCAUACGAAUUGCUCGACACUCUUCGGUCAAAUCAGUUUGCAAUGGCCGAGCGAAGUCGCCAUCAACACACCUCAUUGCAAAGCAUCGUCCAAGCCACCAGGGUCGUUAAUGACCGGCUGUUCAAUACAUGUCUUACGGUGCAACCGGCAAUGGUAACUCCGGCUGAGAGACAAAAUGUCCAUUUUGAACUUCUCGAGUCGCACGACCCAACAGAGUACAAUAUAGUUGCGGCUGUGAUCAUUUUUCCCUCGCAUUAUGAGCUCCACAUUCGCUUUUGGGACGACUUCUACUCAGAAAACGAAGCUCUCUGUUUGCUCGACCAAUUUUGCGAUACCACGACUGAGAUUUCUGCGGUGGUUGGUUCAAUGAACGGCUAA